UGAGAGUAUGAAUCAUGGAGCGGUUACUUAUCACGUGGAAAAAAUGUACAAGGUCGAGGCACGUUUAAAUAUACAUUCACUUGAAGUGAAAGAACCUUCGGUGUGGAACGGAAUUUUUUCCUUCUCUGCAACGUCAUCAGCCUAAAUCUUUUAUCAAAAUGGAAGAAGCCUAUCACUGUCCUGAUCAAAAAAAGCUCCAGGCCUUGAGAGACAUGGCCAACCUGCUUCGAAUUCACAGCAUCGAAUCCACCAACACUGCUGGAUCGGGGUGAGUUUGCUAUUUCCAACCCUUGGGUGUUCGCCUGGAACGAAAGAGUUGGCUUUGUCGUGUAUGUCGUUGGUAACAUCGCAUAAUUUUUCCUUGUAGGCAUCCAACUUCUUGCUGUUCUAUCGCAGAAAUUAUGUCUGUUCUUUUCUUCCAUACAAUGCGCUAUAAAGGUGAGUGUGAUACUCAUUUGGCGAUAAAGUUGAACUGUCGUGCUUGUCUCCACAACUUACAUGAGUUGCAUAUAAUUUUCUCUGAGGGCUUUUCUCGAUAUUGCUGUAUUGUUAUGCGCUCGAAAAACUUGCUGUAAAUGUGCUUCAUUCGCUCAGCCUUGGUCAAAAACUGCAUAUUAGGUAUACUGUAAGAUUUAAACAAAUAAGCCUUUGCGUUUGCUAUUAUAUACAGAUUGGUGUUGCAAUUUGGCGUUGGGCCAAUUUCACAACUACAAAUCUGUCAUAAAUUUCGUUUACACUAAAAAGUCAACAAAUCGAAUAUUUACCAGAUCUUAGCUGUUAUUUUGUUAAGAGCGAUAACUCUUUACGAUCACUCAGAAAGUGUUUCUUUGCAAGCAAAAAGGUCUUUUAUUUUUUUAAGCCAAUGAAUUAUUGCUUCUAGUGGAAAAUUUGUAUAAAAUCCUACCUCUCUAUCCCGAACGUAUUAGUUAAUGUAACCUCAGAUGAAAGUGCUCUAUUAAGAUAGUUAAAUACUCUGUUACCAUCAGCAGUGUAAUAAGCUUUGAAUUUCUAUCAAAUACCACAAGGCAUAUCUUGUAGUUAUGACAACUUUUUAAAACUUACUCAAAAUUGAAACAAUUUUGUUGAAAUGAUUCAUUGCUUAGAAAAAAAAAACCAAGAAAAUCAAUCAAAAUAAAGAAUUACCUUGAAAACGAAGUUUAUUCAAUUUAGAUUUGAACUGAGUGUUGCCUGUUUGGAGAAAAAUUUGAAUCGACUGGUAGCAAUUUUUUUUCCUUAUGGGGGUUAAUUUUUGUCUCAUGAUCACUAAACUCUUUUGUAAAGCUCUCUUCACAUAAUUUAAAUAUGUGGAAUGCAAAAUAUUAGCCAGUUUUUAUGACUGACACAAAACAGCUGAGGGAUUAAAGUAUAUUUACAGCUUCUUGAAGAAGAGGGUCCAAAUACUUGGGAUCCAAAAUUUCAUGAAGAAGUCACAUCUCAUGGUAAAAUCCUUUGUUUGCUGUAGAUUUGACACCUGAUAAACCUGAUUGGCAAACAAUCUGGUUCUCAGUUUAAAAAGCUGGUUACAAUUUAACAUUGCAACUGGUUUUUGACAGUUUUAAGUUUAACAUAAUAGUUAUUUUUGAACAAGGGAACAUUGCAGUAUGGAAAGCAUUCAUCCCAUAGAAGCAAUUUCUUGUGUGGCUAAAUAACGAUGGUUCAUUGACCAUUAGUUAAGAGGUCCUUUUGUCUUUCUCCUAAGAAUUAUUUUUCCUUGUUUUUUGUGCCAUGAAAAAACCCCUUGAUUUGCAUUUUGUUGUAAAAUUUUAAACAUUCUUGCUCUUAAAGAGUAGUUUGACUGCCACAUAAGUUUUACAGUUACCAUUUUAGUCAUUUAGGAGUUAUUUUUUAGAAAAAGAAAAAGACAAAUGCUUGAAUAUAUAUUCAUAGUGCAAACAAGAGAGAGGGCCAAUAUUAGGUAUUAGGUAUGUUGUCCUGAAUCAUGCAACCUUUGGGAUUAUUUGUCAGAAAGAAAAAACUCUCUACGAGCCAAAUACAUAGGAGAGGUAGAUUGUAAAGAUAUUCCUCAAAGUGUUCUUUGGGACAUUAAUAUUUUAGACAGAGUCACUGGAAUAACAUGUCAAGGAUAAGGAAAAAUAAGUUGUUUGCUAAUUUACAUUAUGUGUGAUGAAUGAUGCUCAUUUUAAACAACUUAGUUUUUAAUGCUUGACCAUCUCACUCAAAUGAAAUACAAAUCAGCAAUAUGAAACCUUAUACUGAUAAUAUUCUUUGCCAAUGGCUCUUACUGAAUGAUAUAGUAAGGCUUUAACCCUUCAACUCCCAGUAAUGAUGAACAUAUUACUUCUCCCUAAAAUAUCCAUACAUUACCCAGUAAACAGGCACUGAGAAUAGUCAGACUUAUCAGGUAGAAGUUGUUUUCUUGAUCUAGCAUCAAAUUCUUAUAACUGAUCUACUAGAAAAUGUUAAGCAGUGAGAGGGGAGAAUUAACAACCAGAUCUUGAGAUUUAAAGGAGUUAAAACAGUUCAUCUCAAAAAAGAAUAACCAUAAAAUGUUAUUAUGUAUGAAAUGUACUGUCUUUUUGUAUGCUGAGGUUGAAAUUGAUCAUUUUCUGGUUACUAAUGUCAAUCAAUGAAUCAAUCUUUUUUGACAGUUGCCGAUCCUCGAGAUCCAGCAAGUGACAGAUUGAUCUUAUCCAAGGUGUGUUUGUGUAACUGUUUUUUCUUUUUUUUUUUUUUUUUUUUUUGUGGGUGAUGGUUGUAUUUACUUGAAAGUGCAAAUUGGUCAGAAUGGAACAAAGAAGGUUCAAUCUGUUUGUAGCAAGCCAUUUCCACAUACCUUACAAUUUGGUUUUGCCCGGUGCAUUAUCAAUGUAAUCUUCCAGAGCUGUUGUUAGGAAAUGUGAUGGACAUAUGAUCUGAAAUAAGUAGGAGGCUGAAUUAAGUGAUACUUAUGUAAUAAGCAUGGCGUGUUGCUUUACAACACACCCUUGGAGGAGUUUAGAGAAUGUGCUCCCCCUAAACUUUGAAUUUAAAACUCUCUUAGUUAUGAUUUAUAGGUCAAAAAUACUGUCUUAUUUUCUAUCUUUGAUCCAAUUUACAAAGUAGGUUAUGCAAACUUGUCUGGCAUCUGAAGGGUUUCUGCUGCCUAGAAUGUACCAGCUUCUUAUGACAACUCGAAAUCUUGACAUGGAAUUUGUCUAGACAUUUGUCUUCUACUCAUUAAACAAACUUUUUCUUACUGACAAGACAUGAAUGAAUUAACACUGCAAAUGGCAAUUGCCAAAGUCAAAUAGCCCUUCAAGAAGCCGAAACAUUCACUUUUAUCACUAAAAUAUGUUGAUCAUAUUCUGACACAAAAGUUUUAUUUCUGAAGACAUAGUAUAACAAAUUUUUACAGUGCUAUCGGGUUUCUGAGAUAUUAUUAACUACAGAAACAUAUUACUCAGAGACAAAAAUAAACAAAGAUUGGAACAAAAAUGAUUCUAACCCAAAAGGGCAGGUGCGAAUGGUGCUGCCCUUUAGCUAUGAUACAAUAAAACACAAGAAAUCCAAAUUACAACAAGUUUGUGUGGCAUCAGCUGUACCUAUGGCUUACGGCACAAGCAAUUUCUAACUAGUGUCCACAUGCAGGGCCAGUCAAUGUCAAAGAACAUUCUCAGGUGGUCAAAAAGUGUUUUUUAAUGAAAAGCUGGAGGGAGAACGGACUCAAAAAAGUAGAAGAAGGAGCAACAGAACUAAAGUAAUUCCAAAGCUUCACAAUGUAAUAAUGAAACUUUGGAAUUACUCUUGUUCUUUUGCUCCUUCUUCCAGUUUUUUGAGUCUGCUCUCCUUUGUUUUAACAAUGACAUGGAUUUCAUUUCAGGGUCAUGCAGCUCCCAUUCUCUAUGCAGUGUGGGCUGAAGCUGGUUUGUUUCCAGUAUCAGAUCUGGCCAAGCUUCGAACAAUUGACUCUGAUUUGGAAGGUCAUCCCACCCCUGUGAGUAACAAACUCUUGUUAUCAUAUCUGUAAUAAUUUCAAUGUUCCAAGUGUUUUAACCCUUUAAACCCCAAGAGUGACUAGCAUCUAAAUUUUCCUUAAAGUAUCACCCUCAAAUCACACAUUAAGGUCAUGAGACUAAAGGAAAUGAUCACCAACUAAUGAAGCUCUUGAUUAGUAAACAAAUUCUCCUUGUCAGCUCCUUAGGAAAUGUAUAGAGAACAGUAUGGAGAAUAUGCAUACUGAUGUUAGGGUGUAAAGUGUUUAUAUGAAACUCAUUCACAUAGUUGAGAUACAUUUUCCCAGAUUAUUAACUGAGUUAGAGGUUGUCAUGGUGAUGUAACACCAAAUUCUCUCAACUAAUUUACAAAGAAAUGUAUAACAGAAAGAUGGGAGGAUUUAACUAAUCAGAACUUGUGAUUUGAAUGGUUACUACACUUCCAUUUAUCUAAAUUAAGUGUUUUUCCUCAUUCUGUAGCGGCUUAAUUUUGUGGACUUUGCCACUGGUUCAUUGGGUCAAGGAUUGAGUUGUGCUGCUGGAAUGGCUUACAUGGGAAAGUACUUUGACAAAUCAAGGUGAUCAUUGAUCUGUGAAAAAUUGAUUUGAUAAACACUGAGUAAGGAAGUCAAGUGUUGGUUAGGAUGGUUCAGCUCCUAAUGGCUAGUGGGCUAGACUCCAGCUUGAGAGGUCUGGGUUUGAGACUUUGCAGAGUCAUUGUGUUGUGAUUUUGGAUGAAAUACUUGCCUCUCUCCACUCAGGAAUAUAAAUGGGUGACGGCAAAUUGUCAGGGAAGCCUGAUGAAAUGCUGAAGGGAGGGGUAACCUUGUACUGGACUAUCUAGGGGGGAGUAGUGAUACUUGUAGUCACAUCAUGCCAAGGGAACCGGAAUAAGCUCCACUUUGGUGAGUCACUCAGCUCUAGAACUUGCCCUUUGACCAUUGCUUUAAUCUUCAUCUCUUGUAUUUACAGUUUCCGCGUGUACUGUGUGAUUGGUGAUGCCGAGUCAGCAGAAGGUUCUGUCUGGGAAGCCUUGAACUUUGCAAGUUACUACAAACUUGGUAACUUAUGUGCAAUUUUUGAUAUCAACCGUCUUGGCCAGAGUGACCCCACAAUGCUCCAGCAUGACUUUGAAACUUACAAGAAAAGGACUGAAGCUUUUGGGUAAGGAACUUUUUUAGUGUUUGUUACAGUGAAACUCAGUUAGGGUUAUUGACUUUUUUUAAAAGCGUCCAGAAAUAAAGCUUUCUUGGGUGAUGUUACUAUUUGACCCUCAACACUUGAAGAGGACAAGCAGAUAUGAACUCUUUCUCAACCGAGAGGGCUUAUUUUCAAUGAAUGUUUUUCCACAUGAAAGAAUGAUAAUCACACUUGCUACUAUAAAAGGGGACUCUACAGUUAAAUUGUUGCGAUCCACAUUCAUUUGGAAGCAAUUACAUCUUUAAUAUUUGCAGAACAAAUUUUAUAAAGAACACAAUGUAAUCCCAAGAUUUAAAAAAAAACCCAUGACCUGUGUUAAAAAAUAGCUGUCUGUAAGUUGUGAUAACAAAAAAGGGGGUUUGUAUCAUGUGGAUGGAAAGUUGUAAUUGUGAACGAUUCAUUCCUGUGUGAGUUUGCAACUUGAUAUGCUUUGCAUCUAUAUGAAUGAGGUUUUCCUUAUUCUUCAACCUUCUUGCAUCCAUCUUUUGAAAGUAAUUAUGCAUUAGCUACCAGUUUCCAUUCACUGCGAUGCCGACUUCACACCAAAACCAGAGGUUGUUACAUAUAUUCAGGAUACUGUUAAAUGGAGUUUUUAUUCUAGAAUCAAAUUAUUGUUUUGGGCCCAGUUCUUCAAAGACUGGUUAAGCCUUUAACCUCCAGAUCAAAUUUGUAAUUCUUCUUAUACCAUACAAUUCUUUUAAUGUUAGUUCAGAGAAUUCAGUAUCGGAUCAACUAAUUAUUCCCAAAUUGAAAUUUUUCUUUAUUCUCAUCACUUAUCUGGUUGAUGUGGUGUUGAAAUUUGAAAGGAGAAAUUCUGUCUUGGUCACUCAUGGGAGUUAAGAGUUAAGUUAUCUAACAGAGAAAUCUCGAUCCACCAGAUAGGUGUUAACCAAACAAACUGAGCUAUUUCCUUGACAGGGAUUCACCUCAUGACUAGUUCUAUCUGCCCUUUGCACAUCGUUGGCUCGAUGUUGCAGUCUGAGUGAAUUUGCACCAGUGUGACUGAUUCUAGAUUGAAAUGUUACUAGUUGUAUCACAUAACAUAACACAGCCACAUGGGGGAUGGUGGUGAAUUUACAGUGUUUCAAAGUCCUCAGUUAGUAAAUUAUAUCACUUUGAACUCUCUUGCAAAUGAACAGAAUUUUCAUAAAUAUUUCUCAAAGGUGGAACACCAUUGUAAUAGAUGGUCAUGAUGUAGAAGCUGUCUGCCGUGCAUUUCAUGAAGCAAGCGUUAGCCAAGACCGCCCCACUGCUAUUUUGGCAAAGACCUACAAGGGAAAAGGUGUCCCAGGUAUGUCGAAAAAGUUUAUGAAUUUACAUGUCAUAAUUUAUUUGCUGCUUUUUGUUAAGGAAUGGCAAUGCUCCAAGCCACUUUUACAGAAACAGCCUUAAGCUUUUACCUUUUUCCUUUUCUUGGAACCAUGGAAGCAUAUUGGUUAGUAUGCCAAGCUACUUAACUCACUGUCCUGCCAACUUUGGGGGGGGUGGGGGAUGGGGGGGUAAUAUAUAUCCUUGUACCCUCCCCUCUUGCUUCCAACACUUUUCUCCACCAUAUCAUGAUCUUUGGUGUAAGGCCAUUGGUUGUAUUCCCCUCCCCCCGGACAAAAAACCCUGGCUGGGUUUUGAACUGUCUCUUGCAGGGGAUUUUCAAUAACUUCCUCAUUAAUCAGCUGCCAAUGGUGUAACAGGCAGCUGUGUCUGGAAGGUGAAACCCAAAUAGUUGGCAGUAGGGGUCUCAUCAGCAGAGGUUAACAAGCAGUAAACUGGUUUUAUGAAGUCCUUGUCCUGUGUAAUCCUACUCCUUUUUCUCUUAUGCAGGGGUUGAGGAUUUGGAGAAUUUCCACGGCAAAGCCCUUGGUGAUAAAGGUAAAGCAGCAGUAGAGCUACUCAAGAAAUCAAUGAGCAACAGUGGCCCUCAUGACCUUCGACCUCAGCCUGUGACUGAUACUGUACCAGCGGUUGAACUUGAUGCAAAACUAUCCGAGCCACCCAACUAUAAGAUAGGACAAAAGGUACUGAGUUACUCACCUUCUGUCCAAUCAUUUUUUCGAGGUCCGAAGUUUGGCUUUUUUUGCGGGUUAAAAUUGAGUGAAUAGUAUGAUCCAUUUUUCACAUGACACCAGCAGACACCCUUACAGAAUAGCUGUCACAUGCUUAAAAUUACAUGUGGUCCGAGGAAAUAUUUCUUAGGGUCUAGAAAUUUCUUUUGCAAUUUGAGAUACUGAAAUUUUAAAAAUGGGAAAGCUAGGGAAAAUUGAAACUUGUCCAUUUUUUCUGCCAUCAUUGUUUUGUUUGGCGCAUGCUCGACGUUUGAUUGGCGAAGUACUCGCGCAGGGGUGUCUCCCCACGAAGGAGUAUAAAUGGGCGUGGGUAGUGGAUGAAACAUGGGUUGGAUCAUGUUUAUGUCAUGAAUAUUGGAUGGCAUCUGGUCUUAUAGGCCUCUUUGCUUGAGCAUCGACUUGUUUUACAUUCGACUUAAUUUUGAAAUGCUUCUUGUUUCCAUUCUGUUAGGUUGCUGUUCGUCGAGCCUACGCCAAUGCCCUGGUGAAAAUUGGCCGCACUUGUGAGCGCGUGCUAGCCUUGGAUGGAGACACUAAGAACUCCACUUACUCUCUGAACUACAGGAAGGAAUUCCCUGAUCGGCACGUGGAGUGCUUUGUGGCUGAGCAGAACAUGAUUGGCGUUGCCAUGGGAUUAGCUGCACGUGAUCGUGCAAUCACUUUCUCCAGCACUUUUUCCGCCUUUUUUACCCGCACGUUUGACCAUUUGCGCAUGGCAUCUGUUUCCCAGACCUCUGCCAACUUCUGUGGAUCUCACUGUGGUGUUUCUAUUGGUGAGUUGAAGUGCGCUAUUUCUACCCCCAAAAGAGACAAGCAACCAAUUUCUCCACACGCUAACUUUCCAAGGUCAAAAAGUAAGGUCUUGAGAAUAAAGGAAAUGAUCAGCAACCGGAAGAAGCUCUUAAUUGUUAAGAAGUAUUUUACAACUCCUCUUGUGCCUAGAAGUGAAGAAACGCACGAGCAGUUCAUGCGAUUUCUCAUUCAUAAUGAAUUUUUAAAAGACUGACUUUACGAGCUUUUGCUCAUUCCUGGAGUAGAGAUAGAAGAGCGUAAGACAUGGACUGACCCGCUUAUAUUCGUCUCGCAACUUUUUCCGCAAGUGGCUGCUGAUGAUAUAAUUGGCGACCGAGCCCAGAGAAAGGGGCUCAAAGCGAAAAUUGCGCAUGAGAGCCUGCUCCCAGGCUAAACAGGCAGCGGUAAGCCACCGGUACGGGCUUUGAAGGAAACCGUCGCGCUUAUAGAAGUGUUAAAACUGGAUUACUGAGUUUUUGCCUUGCCUAUCUGAUCAGGUGUGGAUGGUCCCUCCCAGAUGGCCUUGGAGGAUAUUGGCAUGUUCCGUUCUAUACCCAACUGUGUGGUGUUCUACCCAAGUGAUGCUGUCUCGUGUGAACGCGCGGUUGAGCUGGCAGCUAAUUACAAGGAUAUGACCUUCAUCCGAGCCACACGAGGCGACACUCCUGUGAUUUACGAGAAUGAAGAACCAUUCGCGGUUGGCAAAGCUAAAGUAAGUUAGAUCAACCUUGUCAUGUGACCAAGAGAUAUCCCGUGUAACUUGCCGGGGAGCCACUUAGUCACACACAUUCCGAAAAUUACUGGUCAGUGCAAAUCCUUUUAUUCCGAUAAAUGACCAUCAGAUUGGCUCAGGGCGUGAACUGUGUUUCAAUUACCAAUGGAUCAAUGCCAGUAUUUGGGCAAUUGCCCAGCUACCCCUCCCCUAAUACUGAUAUUGAUCCCUAGAUUGGAUGUUGCUGUACAUCUGUUCAGUGAUAGAUUACAAAUGACAUCAAAAUGUGGUGAGAACAAAGAAGUGGCACACGAGGUGCAGUCGAAUGUGUCACUGCAGGGCGUGAAAUUGCGCCUAAUACAGGCGCCAAUGCGACUAAAUUUUUCACUUUGGCGACCAAAUCCUGAAAGUUAGUCGCCAAAUUGGCGACUAGAACGUUUCAUCAUAACCUUACCUAGAGAUAUAGUGAAUUAAAAAGAUUUGCAAUGAUAAAUCCGCGGCAAACUUCCUCGUUAAGUUUGUUUCCAAAACGAAGCACAUAUAUCUCGAUCGAUAACUAGACGCCAUCUUGGAUUUAGAUGAGCCUGAACGUUUUUUAUCAUCCAUCCUAGUGUCCACUUUGUAGCACGUAAAUUUUGACUAACUUAAUUUUGAAGGGUCUAUCUAGAACGCUGUAAGCAUAAAGAAAGAUUUUGUUUGUCUUUGAAAGUGGCGACCAACUUUUUUUGAAUUGGCUACUACUUUGAAGAAUUUAGGAGCCAAGUGGCUAUCAGAAAAAAAAGUUAAUUUCACGCCCUGCACUGAUGUUCCUACCACAUUUUGACGUCUUGUGUUGAUCUUUUACUGUACAGACGCACGGCAACAUGAAAUCUUUUUGUUUUUUUUUAUGAUAAAAAAGCGAAAUGUUUUUAAGGGCGACGCCAUCUAUGCGUCUAUCACUCAAUAGAUCAUGGGUAAGAACCAAUGAAAAUGUGUUAACAAUUCAGCUCGUCGUAAAGUCAUAACUGUUUUUUGACGUAGAUCGUCCGCGAGGAUGCUCGUGACUCGGUACUUGUUAUUGGAGCUGGUGUAACCAUGAUCGAAGCAUUGAAAGCAGCCGAUGAACUGAAGAAAGAAGACAUUUAUAUCCGAGUGAUGGAUCCGUUCACUUUGAAACCUGUUGACAAAGCCGGUAUCAUUGUACACGCAAAGGCUGUUGGGGGAAAAAUAUUGACAGUGGAGGACCACUACAUUGAAGGUAACUUUGUCCCUACUGCAACAGAAUCUGUACAAAUUGUCACGUUCUGAAAAUAUUUCCGUCGUAUUUACACCAGGGAGGUCGGGAGUACUAUGCAAUCUUCUUGAAAAUUUUAAUUUUCAUGCCAAAUGAAAUUCAUUUUGCUAAGAAAAUUUUUGCGCACGGCCUCACUUUGAGAGUGAGGCCGUUAAGGCUUCACACUAGUUUCACAAGGAAUUUCUUGUAAGUCUCGACACAAUGCACUCACCCCAGUUUUCCUCGUUUGUCCAAAGGCGCACAAGAAUAAUUGACUAGGAGACUCAUUGCUCUGAACUUGUACGGCUCUGGAAGUAAUUUAGAGAUUUCCUCUUUUUAAGAGAUGGUUGAUUGUGUCCUUACAUCUCUGGGAUAAAAACAUUGAAUAUUCUCUUUUUUCUUUCCCCAGGUGGUAUUGGUGAGACUGUGGCUGCUGCUGUGGCGGAAGAGACUGGUAUUACUGUGCGCAUGUUGGCCGUGCCCCGCAUUCCACGCAGUGGGCCUGGGGAAGCCUUGUUGGAUCUGUACGGUAUCAGCGCGAAGAGCAUCGUCAAGUCUGUCAAAGGCUUGUAAAUGGUUUGGAGACAUACGUGAUCAUGUUGACUUCGCGCUACAUCUAAAUUGAGCUGGCAUUUAUGGCAACCGAUAGGAAUACAUUUUUUAAAUUUUUUUUCUCCAAUCAAUCUCUGAACAAUUAUCCAAUAGCGAUUGUUUCGAUAGGGAUUUUUUUUUAGUUUAAUUUCUGGUCGACCAAGUUCAUUUAGUUCCAUUACAAACCGAUGAAAUGGCUUGAAUAUAGGACCAUUUUCAAAUUGAGUUGUAAUCCAUCAAACUGGGAAGGUAAACAUAUAUUUUUGUGGUAGCCUGGUUAGAAAAGUAAUAAAUUCAUUGAUCAGUAUUCCAGGUGUCUGAGUUUGGAAAUAUCGUGCCAAAAUUCACAGCUAAACAUGUUGCCAUGAAAUUACCUCUCUCUAGGAAAAUUCGCCUCACUGACGUUCUCAAAUUCAUUAAUAAUUCAUGCUGAGAAAACAAAGGAAAUUACAACCGUGAAGGAGGUUUGGAUAUGUGAUCUUAAUUAUCAUAA